AUUCACGGCCUCCACGCGACAUUGGCCCCGAGAGGUCGUGCUUUCCACCACUGCACGCCUCUUACACCUCCAUUCCCCCCUCCGUCUCUUUCUUGGCCCGCGGUAAUUCACUGACCUGUUCAUCUGUGUCGAGCUCGAACGACCCGCGCCAUCCCAUCGUUUAUUAGCCGUCAUGUACGGACCUUGGGGGGUUGUUCUCCGUCGCGCCGCCGUCGCCCCCGCUACUCGGGCACCAGCGUCAAGAGCGACAGCGGCUUUCUUACCAUCUCCUACCUCACAAUAUGCGUUACGAUUUUACCGACGGCCUCCCUCGCCACCGGCUGCGCUCUUCGCAUCCCGCUCGUUCUCAACGUCAUCCGUUCGGCUGAAGGAUAGAAGUAAAGAUGCGCCAGACGUCCCAGAAGAAACUAGCGAGAAUCCAGAGGAGCAGCAGAAAAGGCAGUCGGAAGUAGUUGAGGCAUCGCGAAAGCCGGAAAGGCCCCGAGAAUCAGAUAAUCUCGACGCAAGAUCAAAAGUGCCGGAUCCUAUACCCAAGUCUGGAAAUGGACGGCGCGCUGCCGGUGCGCGUGGAGGAGGGUCAAAUGACGGUGACGGAGGGAGUGGUGGGAGGAGACCGAAGCAGAACGAGGGAACUUCGGCAAAGUCUGUGAUACCGGAGGUUUACCCCCAGGUCAUGGCUAUACCGCUUGCAAAACGCCCAUUGUUUCCCGGAUUUUACAAAGCCAUUACUAUCAAGGACCCGGAGGUGUCCCAGGCGAUUGCGGAGUCCUUUAGACGAGGCCAGCCGUAUAUCGGUGCUUUCAUGUUGAAAGACGACAGCACAGAUAAGGACGUUAUCGAUGAUUCCAACGAGGUUUUUGACGUGGGCACAUUCUGUCAGGUCACUAGUAUAUUCCCGCUUUCUGGAGAACCAAACGGCGGCAUUAGCUGUGUGUUAUAUCCGCACCGCAGGAUCAAGAUGAGCUCACUCAUACCACCCUCAAUCAAUGCAUCCGGGGAGGCAGCCAAGGGGGAACCUACCGUUGUUGAAAGCACACUAGGAGAGUCAGCGCUCAAAGACACAGAAUUUACCCCCUCGAAGGGCGAUGUCGUGGCUAGUUUCGAAGAGAUAAGUCCGGAGGCAGAGAACCCGCAGCAUUAUGAAGAGCCGAUCUCGUUUCUCCGCAACCGAAAGAUCAGCAUCGCGAACGUGGAGAACCUAGUCGAAGAACCUUUCGACGUAAAGGAAAAUCAAGCCAUGCGGGCGCUCGUGGGCGAGAUUGUGGGUACGUUCAAAGCCAUGGCCUCCCAGAGCAAUAUCUUUCGCGAUCAUGUAGCGAACUUGACAUGGUCGUUAAACAUCAAUGUCAACGAUGACCCGGUCAAAUUGGCCGACUUCGCUCUCGCCGUGUCAGAUGGCCAGUCUGAAGAGUUGCAGGAAGCCCUGGCUGAGAUGAACGUGGAACAGAGGCUACGCAAGGCGCUGACGGUCCUGAAGCGGGAGCAGAUGACUGCGCAGCUGGCGCAUAAGUUUGCCGAGGAGGUGGAACAAAAGAAUCUCAAGGAUGUGCGUCGGCAUUUCCUUCGAAGUCAGUUGAAGAUGAUCCAGCAGCAACUCGCCGCUGAGGAACCGGCUGGCAGUGGCGCAGGCAAUCUGGUCGCCAUGUUCGAGGAGAGAGCAUCGAAGCUUGCCAUGCCCGAGGCGGUUCGGAAGAUUUUCGAUGAUGAACUAGAAAGGUGGAAGGGGAUGGAGCAGCAGAGCUCCGAAUACAACGUGAUUCGGAAUUAUUUGGAUUGGCUCACGCAGCUGCCAUGGGGCAAGAAGAGCGUCGAGAACUUUGACAUCAAGCACGCAAGAAAGGUGCUAGAUGAAGACCAUUACGGCUUGAAGGACGUCAAGGACCGCAUCCUUGAGUUUAUCGCCGUCGGCAAACUUCGAGGUACUGUGGAGGGCAAGAUUCUGUGUAUGGUAGGGCCUCCAGGUGUCGGCAAAACCUCCAUCGGUAAAUCGAUUGCACGAGCUCUGAACCGGCAGUACUUCCGACUCAGUGUCGGAGGACUUCAUGAUGUAUCGGAGCUCAAAGGUCAUCGACGAACGUACGUCGGUGCCCUGCCGGGUCGUAUCAUCCAGGCGCUCAAAAAAUGCCAGACUGAGAACCCCCUCAUUAUGAUUGACGAAAUAGACAAGGUUGGCCAUGGCAUCCACGGCGACCCAAAGGCCGCUCUUCUCGAAUUGCUUGACCCGGAACAGAACAACAGUUUCCUGGAUCAAUAUCUCGACACCCCGGUCGACCUUUCUAAGGUGCUGUUUGUGUGCACGGCAAACCUAACUGACACCAUUCCUCCACCUCUGCUUGAUAGAAUGGAGGUGAUAGAGCUGUCAGGAUAUGUUGCGGACGAAAAGUUGGCCAUUGCCGAGCGCUACCUCGCCCCAGCAGCAAAAGAGAAAAGCGGACUGAAAGACGCUGACGUUCAGGUGGAGAAAGAAGCCAUACUCGCGCUUAUCCACCAGUACUGCCGCGAGUCGGGAGUGCGGAAUCUCAAGAAACAGAUUGAGAAAUUGUACCGCAAGGCGGCGCUCAAGAUCGUCACCGACCUGGGUGAGGAAGCCCUUCCGGAGUCUCAAGCAUUGACCGAUGAAGGCAAGGCGGCUCUGGAGGAAUCACAGAAAGAUGAGACUGAUGUGAAGGAGACUCCGGCGAAUAUAGAAGAGCAGACAGCGCAGAAGCCGCGCGAGCCCCUCAAAAUCCCUGAUACUGUGCAUGUGUCAAUAGGGAAGGACCAGCUGAAGGACUACGUGGGCCCACCCAUCUUCACGUCGGACCGCAUGUACGAAACGACUCCCCCAGGUGUUGCUAUGGGACUCGCGUGGACGGCCUUGGGUGGCUCCGCUAUGUACAUCGAGUCGAUACUGGAGAGUGCACUCACGGCGCACUCAUCACCCGGGCUUGAGCGUACGGGAUCACUCAAAUCCGUCAUGAAGGAAUCCGCGCAGGUAGCGUAUUCGUUCGCGAAAGGAUUCCUGGCAAGGGAAUUUCCGAAGAACAAGUUCUUCGAGCACGCGAGAAUCCAUCUUCAUUGUCCAGAGGGCGCUACACCCAAGGACGGCCCUAGCGCAGGCAUUACCAUGGCGACCAGUUUGCUGAGUUUGGCGCUUGAUCGAGCGCUACCGACAACAAUCGCCAUGACUGGCGAACUCACGGUGACAGGGAAGGUUUUGAGGAUAGGUGGACUCAGGGAGAAAACCGUGGCUGCACGAAGGGCUGGUGCGAAGACGAUCAUCUUCCCUGCAGACAACUUGGCAGACUGGCAGGAAUUACCAGAGUAUAUCAGAGAAGGGAUCGAGGGCAAGCCGGUCUCCUGGUACAGCGACGUGUUCAACCUAAUGUUUCCCGACCUAGACCGCGAAGCAGCGAACAAGCUUUGGGAAAAGGAGCUGAAGAGCAAGAAGGGGGACAAGAAGAAGUUCAAGGAGAAGCCAAGGAAGGAGGAAGAGGAGGAAUCAGGCGAUGAAGACGAUUAGACCAUCUCCAGUUGCCGGAUGGACUGAAGAUCAUUGUAUAGUAUGGCAUUACCGGCGUUCCUUGACGGGGAGGGAGUUGAAUUCCCUGCCUAUCUGUUCGAAUAUGUUGGAGGGAUAGAUCUGACGACUGCGAGGCAUUUUAUUGGACAUAUGCUUUGGCAUUUUGAGCGAGAGACUAGCGUUUCGAGCUUUUGUAUUCUCUCCUCUACUCGCAUUGAGCCGGUUUGUAUAGUACCGACUUACACCUAGAUGUGCACAUAGGUAUAUAUAUAAAUACGCAUGUUGGUACGAUGACCUGAG